UGUCAGCCAAGAUAUCUUCCGCCGAAAUAAUGAGGAUACAGAACUCAUGGAAGGGGCGUGUCGUCUGCUCGUCGAGAACUGCGAUAACUUCCGGGAUUGAAAUGAUACACGAUACACCAACCUUUGGGGGUCUCUCGCAUACUUUCCUGACUUCCUUCCUCGACCAGCUUCUCAAGGCUUCUGUACACAACUUUAACUUCCCUUCAAGCGCAGACCCUAAUCACGCUGGCAUCCACAAUAAUUAUCAAUGAUGCUUUGUGUUGCAAAGUCUCCAUCAGCUCUCGGAUAUCGUUUUCCCAAUAUUAAAUCCAUCCUGAUGGUAUAUGUUGGAAACUAACUUAUCGCAGAAAAACAGCUUGUAUCAUACGUCUGCAGUCAUCUCGUCGCUGGUAGAGACCGCUACGCUGUCACCGAGACUUAAAGGCAGUCGGGAGGACAUCGCAAUGAUCGCCGACCACUUGAAC